AAUUAGAAAAAUGCUAAAGGUAAUAUAUCUAGGAAAAUUAAAAGAGUGAGAGUAGUGAAGUGGGGAUACUGAUGAGGAGAUGUAGAUGUUAUUUUCAUUUUUAUGAAUGAUUGGAAUUCAGCCAGUUGCAUUCUUUAGUUGGCAGUGAAUUCAUUGCUUAAGUGAUAGUCCGAUCUAAAUCAUCAGAUUAAUGGUGCGUCAUUAAAUAACUUUCGCUUUAAUUUAUUUAGGUGCGACAUAUUCAUUCGAUGGUUGAUGAAGCUAAAACACUUAGUGAUAAUCCAUCAUAUGAGGCCUUAUACAUGUUUAGAAAAAUGGUGCGAGAUCAAGGUUCUGAUUGUUUGAAAUAUGUCCAUGAGGCUGACAGGGUUCAUGUGUCAGCCGAUUAUAGAAGAGAUGUGGUACAACCUGUACAGUUACAUCACCCAGUUCGUAGGCGAGGAAAAGGUGGUGUUGCAGGUAGGAGAGAACGUGCUGUUGAAAAAGCACAAACACAUAUUGAAAUAGAUCAGGCCACACAAAAUGUCCAAGAAGCCUUAGAAGAUGAUCAAGCAACAUCCAAUUAUAAUAUUGGUUCUAUUUCAGGAGGUUGCACUCAUGAAUUCACUCAGGCAUCAAAUAUGACAUAUCAACUGUCAGAAACAGAUAUCAUGCCAUACGUGACGCCACAGACUCUACAAAUAUCAAGUCAUCCAAGUCUUUCAUCACUUGAGAAUGUCAUUGGUAAUUUUGAGAAUGUCCCAAAUUUUAACUCAUCUCCUGUGCCUCUGAUCAUUGAAACCCCUGAUGCCACUAAUAGUUUAGAGGACCCGAAUCAUGAUGUGGACGAUAAUGCUCCAAAGGAUGCAAGUGAAGGCGGUGAUACGACUAUUCAAAAUAGUGAACCAUCAAGGAGGGAGAAGCGUAAAAUUAAACUUGAGCCUUGUGGGACUGGCGGUCACUAUGCUAUCCAACAUGUCCAAAAACAGAGAGCCAAGAAUAAGUAAUGAAAAUUGAUGUUGCUGAAAUCUUUUGGUGUUGCUGAAACCUUUUGGUGCUGCUGAAAAUUGGUGUUGCUGAAGCCUUUUGGUGCUGCUGAAAAUUGCAGCCAGUACUGCUGAAAAUUGAAGCUGCUGAAACCUUUUGUGGCUGCUGAAAAUUGCAGCCAGUACUGCUGAAAAUUGGAGCUGCUGAUAUAUUGUAUGUAUCUAUAGGUGAAUUUGCAAAGUUGAAUGAUGGAGCCAUUGAUGAAGAUAUGGAGCUUUGAUCUUGUGGCAUGGAGGGG